ACAAAUUAUUUAUGAAACUAUAUUACAGAACUCCUACUGAGAAUUAUGCAUUAUCACAGGUCAACUAAUUUUCUGCUUCCUCCUAUCAAGACAUUGCAAUUGCCUGAAAGACAAUUGUUUUUACAAUCAAACUUAUUCUGCAACAGAAGUCCUCGUGCAUCAUUUCAUAAAAGCACUUCUUCCCACUUUCUUUGAUGCCAGCCCAUUUUAAUUACUGUUGAACUUGCUCAUUUACAUUAUUCAAAAGUCACUGUAAUUAAAGUGUUUGGGUGCAGCUUUGUGUUGAAAUGCCUCACCCAUCAUCAUCACCAUCACCAUCACUAGUGUGAGAUCAUCCAGACAAACGCGAAAUCCUUUCAUUUCCCUGAUCACGGAGGAAUGCUACACAUCAAAGCGGUUCAGGGAAUCUUAUCUGGUCAGGGAGGGUUGUUGAUGUUUUUCCAGGCCCUGCAGGAAUAGCACAUUUGCGUGCAUAAAGCGGUAAAAUGAGUGCGGGAAAGCCGAGUGGUCUCAAACCACCCACCAAGAUUGGAAAACCAGCAGCUGCGACACCAACCAAAACCUCGCCCACCUCAGCUGACGCCAAGGCUGUACCAUCUCCGACCUCUAAUUCGGCCCAAGAUGCUGCGUCAGAUUUCUCUGUUGGUGAAAGUGUUUGGGUCAACGGAAAUAAACCAGGUUAUGUGCAGUUCAUCGGAGGGACCCAGUUUGCACCGGGCCAAUGGGCGGGAAUAGUUCUAGAUGAACCUAUCGGGAAAAACAAUGGCUCUGUGGCCGAAGUGCGCUACUUCCAGUGCGAGGACUUGCGAGGUAUAUUUACUCGGCCCUCCAAACUGUCCCGCACUCCAGUGGCAGAGCGUGAAGCCAAUGGGACGCAGACACCCGCCAACAAGACGGCCACCUCCCCUGCCAAAGGUCCUGUUCCUGUAACUCAAACCACUAGUGCAACAACCAAGACCUCAACAAACCUAACCAGGACCACCAGCGAGUCUGCAUCCAAUCUGUCUGAGACGGCUUCGGCCAAGAAGUUGCAGCGGGAACUGAAGUUGGGUGAUCGUGUGCUGGUUGGUGGAACCAAGGCAGGUGUUGUGCGUUUUCUGGGCAUAACUGACUUUGCGAAAGGUGAUUGGUGUGGCGUUGAGUUGGACGAGCCUCUUGGCAAGAAUGAUGGGGCAGUGGCUGGUGCAAGGUAUUUCCAGUGCCUACCAAAGUAUGGACUAUUCGCUCCUACUCACAAAGUCACCCGCAUCGGAUUCCCGUCCACCACUCCCGCUAAAUCCAAAACCUCCAGGCGCAGGUCGACCCUAAAGAACAGCCCCAGCGCAUCCUCCAUCAGCUCCCUCAGCUCUGUCACCUCCUCAGUUGGAGGCAAACCCAGCCGUGCUGGCCUGCUCACAGAGACAUCGGCACGGUACGCGCGGAAGAUCUCAGGCACCACAGCCCUGCAGGAGGCCCUGAAGGAGAAGCAGCAGCACAUCGAGCAGCUCCUGGCCGAGCAGGACCUGGAGAGGAUGGAAGUGGCACGAGCCACAAGUCAUGCCGGGGAAGUGCAGCAAGAGCUGGCGCUGCUCAGACAGGGCCAGGAACAGUACGCUUUGGAGAUGGAAGCCAAGUUGGACCAGUUGCGGAGACUCGUGGAGACUGCAGACAGAGAUAAAGUGGAACUGAUGAAUCAACUGGAAGAGGAAAAAAGAAAAGUGGAGGAUCUGCAGUUCCGUGUAGAGGAAGCUUGCAUUACCAAAGGUGACCUAGAGACGCAGACCAAACUGGAGCAUGCCCACAUUAAGGAGCUCGAACAGAGUCUUCUCUUUGAAAAGACCAAAGCAGACAAACUCCAGAGGGAGUUAGAGGAUACUAGGGUGGCCACGGUGUCCGAGCGCUCCAGGAUCAUGGAGCUGGAAAAGGAAGUGUCCGACCUGCAUCUUCAGCUGAGAACUCUCCGGGCCGAGACCGCGGGAUCAGCCUCACCUCCAUUACAAGACAAAAAGAUCAAGGAGUUGAACUUUGAGUUAGAGGAUAGACAGAAGGAAGUUCUCCUAUUCCAGCAGAACCUCGCCACCUCUGAACAGGAUAGAACAUGCCUCCAGCAGCAGCUGCAAGAUCUGAAACAGAAACUCGACACGGCAGCAGAGGACAAUAAUAAAGCAACACUAGCCAUGCAAGAAAUAGAAAGGAACAUGAGAAUGCAGAAAGAGAAGCUGGACCAGGUGUCCAGGGAGAAGGAAGAGCUGCAGAGGGAUGUGGCCCUCCGGCAGCACCAGGAACAGGCGAAGGAUGAAGAGAGAGAUCUUCAGAUAAAGGAGCUGAAGGAGAAGUUGGGCCGAACAGAAGGAGAGUUGAACAGAAUCACAGAGAGGAGUGCUGAGCUGGAACGGCAGGUGGUGGAACUGAAAGCCUACAAAGACCAAACCCAGAGUUUACAGUCUGAUGAAAAGCUGGAGCAGAUGACGAAGAGGAAUAAGGAAUUGCAGGAGGAGCUUGAGACCCUGAAGCAGCAGAACUCUCAGUAUCAGGAACAGUUGAGUUCAGAAACGCAGAACAUCGACAGCCUCCGCAAAGAAAUUGAGGAGCUAAAACUGUCAGCCAAUCAGAAGUCUCAGAGGCAGGUGUUGCUCCAGGUCGAGAAAUUGACAUUGGCCCAGGAGUUGGACAUCCACACGCAGCAGAAGCUUGGCAGCGAAUCUCUGACUAGCCAGCUGGAGAUUACAGAGAGGGAGAACUCCAAUGCAGUGCUGUCCGAUAAAGACAAAGAACUAGAGACACUACACAAUGAGAUUGCAGUGCUUCGUGUGGAAAAUGCCAUGGCCAAGACGCUCCAGUCGGCCGUGACGUCUCUAGAGAGGGACAAAGCCCAGCUGCACAGCCGAGUGAACAGCCUGGAGCAAAAGCUGGAGGGCCGGCAGACGAGGAACAGAGAGGAAGUCACUUCAGGUGAUGCUGCUAUAGACCAACUGAGAGAAGAGAAAGAGUUUGCUGAGGGACAGGUAAAACUCUUCUGCUCCAUAUUUGGUAAUGGUUUGAGGAUAUCAUAUGUGUAA